AUGAUGGAGAACAAUAUGGGAGAUCCUUUCUAUGCAGCUCGCGAUGAGGUGCAGGCGAACUUUGCUGAGCUGCAGCGGCUGCAGCACGAAUGGAAGCAGCAGCUGCAGACACGAGGACAUAUAGACAAGUGCAGCAGGCAAGCGGCAGCAGCCUCUCCUUUUUGGCUAAAUGAAGGCCCAACAGCCCGAGGGGAUUUCUUUGAAGAAAUCGAACAGAAGCAGCAGACAUUGGUGAUGCAGCAAGACCAGCAACUAGAGGAAUUAGCAACAGCAGCAACAAGAUUACAUGAGACAGCAUUAACAAUUAAUCAAGAAUUAGAGACACAGCAAAGAAUGCUUACUGAUCUUGAUGAUACUGUAGAGAGACAAGACAGCAGAAGCAGCAAGAAACACAGCAGCAGUAGUAGCAGCAACAGCAGCAACAACAGCAUCUACUGCGUUUGUGCUGCAGCUAGCCAAAUGAACUUCCUCAUGCGGCGACUAGCCAAGGUUGUGCGCAGCUCGGACACCCGACAGCUGUGGACAAUUGUUUGGUUGUUUUGCAUUGCUGUUGCUCUGUUCGUGCUGCUCAUCAUCUCCUAG